CUCACAAGACGCAGAUGACGCUGAUCUGAUCUUCAUGUUGUGUUUUCAAGUUUACUAACAGAACUGAACGUGCCAUUUACUAAGUAGGCUUUGGGACACACUGAUAGCCAGCAACACAUUUUCUUGGACCAAACGAACAGUUGCAAGCCACCAUGAGUUCUAAUAAUGUUUCUCUGUCAAAAGUUGAGCUGGCAGCGGCCAUUGGAGUGACUGCAGGUGUCACGGCUGCAGGCGUGCUCCUUGUCCAGCACUUCUAUAAAGGUAAAGGGGUGAAGCCCAAGGUGAACCUGGACCUGCAGAAAGACAACCCCAAAGUGGUGGACGCUUUUGAUAUUGAGGACAUCGGGGACAAAGCUGUGUACUGCAGGUGUUGGCGAUCCAAGAAGUUUCCGUACUGUGAUGGUUCUCACGCAAAACACAACCAGGUAACCGGGGACAACGUUGGUCCACUCAUCAUGAAGAGGAAGGAGGCCUAGAAAGAUCCAUCAGUGUGUUUCCACGACUGCUGCUGCUGCUAACUGACAAGUUCUCUCCACUACAGACAGAAUGGCAGAGGUCGACUUGACCAUACAUUUGUAUGCUUGGUGUUUAAUCAGAAAUGAUACAGCUUUUAUCAUUGUACAAAUUAUUGCGUCGUUACUGCUGUUAACAAAAACGAUCCCUUUCUGUUUGUGAUUUAUUGAUUGAGUGAAGCAAAACCUAUCCCAGGACCAACCACCUUUCAGUGUUGUAGUGGUUUCUGGGUCAUUUCUGUGUUACUGACAAGUAAACAGUGCUUUGAAACCACUAAGAUGAAGGUUGUCUGCCGAUUGUAUUUAUUUAAUGGAGCUGUGGUAUCAGUAUGCUGUUCAUUUUAGAAAACAAGGAUUUUCUUAUGUUUGAUUGUCUGCCUUUAUUUUCUUUGUUGGUACUGUGGAGUUUUUUCUGAACUCUGGACCUGAUCAGGGAUAUCUCUGGAACCUAGAAGGUAUAUUCUCUCUCGCGGGCAUGUGCACGUGGCAGAAAUGGUAUCACAGUGUCUCUUAACUGUGGGCUUCAACAACUUAAACCAUCUGACGCAGAUACCUGAGAUAUUUUUUGUGAGUUUCUGAGAUGUUUUUAAGCCAUGAAUGGGACCCAGUGGUUCUCCGUGGUCAGGUCAUGUACUCAGGGAAACUCCUUACCCUACUGUUUGACUGGUUUGUUUUGAUUCAACUUGUGAAACGUUACAAGUUGCAAUGUUAACGGUGAAGCAACAAGACUUAACAGGUUCCAUUCUACAUAAUGGUUGGAUUACUGGGUGGUGCUCAGAGUGUGAGAAACAUUUCGGAAUGUGUAAUGGCAUUAGGAGGGACCCUACUUGAACUACUCUGAAGUUUGUGUUUAACAUGUUUUGCAACUGUCAACCAUCGUGUUCAAAACCCUGUACUGUACCUUUAAUGAAUGGGGGGGGGGGGGUGUCAAGCAUCAACCAAUUAAAAUCCUUGAUGUGGUGUCAGGUGACAGAAUGCUACAAACAGUUUUUGGACUCAACCGAUAACUGCGGUACACAUUAGGCCUAUGCUAACGUUACCAAGUGUCAAAGGGCAAAACCUUUGUUUUCCUUCGCAAACCAAGGGGAUCUCUUGCCAGCAGAGGGCUGCAUGUAAAUCUCCAGAUUCCAGGUGUAAAUGUAUCCCUCUAGUGGGUGAGCUGACCUAUUACAAAACAAGAACUUGAAAUAUUUCUGAUUGUUCACAAGUAUGGCCACCACACGUGCAUUGUGGCAGAAUCCAUCAGCGACUCUGUAAACCAGCGUAAUCAAAGGUCUAGGUAGUGCCGAUUAAGCUUUUCCAAAACCCUUGUCCUCUGGUAACCUGGCGCCAGGCUAUUGAUACAACUAACCACAGUUAGAUGAGCAGUUGAAUUAGCUGUCGAGUGAAUGGGGGGGUGGAGCUGUUCCUCUUGGUGUCCCUAGUGCCGAGUUUGGGAAACACUGAAGUCGUGUUAAAAGGACGUGUAGGUAGUCUACUGACUGAGUCUACUGACUGAGAUAUCUGAUUUCUGUUAUGUCAAUAAAAUUGCUAUCACUUAUCAAUCAAAUCAAUAAAUAUGAAUGUAA